AUGGCCAUUCAUCCGAGAUUACGACCCCAGGCGUCCCAGGCGAGUCUGUCGCCACAGCAAACUAUGGCCAUCUCCGCAUGGACGGAACAAGCCACCGCGUCGCUACAGGAUCUGUCCCUCUCCGAGUCCGCCCCAGCCAACAUGCCUGUCCAGCCCUCCACACCAACAUGCUCCAGUCUCCGCGGCGUGACCGUUCCCCUCUCGAUUCCCCUUGACGAUGAACCACCGGUCGCUCCAUCCGCGCAAGCGAAGGUGACUGGAGAGCCUCGGUCCACGCCGACAGUCAGUUUCCGGCGUCGCGCGCCUCUACGACAGGAUAGUUUGAAGAGUCGGGAGGCACUGCUUAAGGGCAAAGACGGUAGCCGCCGGCGACAAAGAUGGGAGAAUGACCGUUUGUUGCAUAACCCAUGGGCCGAGCCACCAUCUUCAAAGGAUUGGGACAUUGAACCGACCUAUACACGUCAUAACCCAAUGCCAUACUAUCUGGCCCCGCUCUGGGAUGUCCACUAUUCCCGUGUGGCAGACCAUGAUGCAGCUCGUAAGAACGCCGCCAAAGCCGCUAACACGAAGUAUCGCGUCCCCAAGGAACUCCGGUCGAGAUUGAAACAUACGCGUGCUGCUCGCGGCAUGCUGCAAGAUCUGGAAGAUGACGUCCGACUGUUCAUUCGUAAGUGGAAUGAGAAGCGGCAAUAUCUUGCAAGUGAGGGUCUCCAGGAUGCACCCGACUUCUCAGCAAGUGAUGACUCAGAAGAUGAGAUUGUCUUUGUUGGUCGCAAUGGACAGAUGCAUGACUCCCCAGAGCGACGACGGACGCUUGAGAAGCUACGUCAGGAGCUCAGCAUGCAUGAUGAGCGGGAUGGUGAGAAGAUGGUUUUCGAGAGCUUGGUGGAUGACCGUGCAGCGGCAUUUGGACGUUGGCUCGUACACUCCAUUGCCUCCUAUUAUGGGCUGCACACCUGGUCAGUGACGGUCGGUGAACCUGCUCGCCGAGAAGCCUAUGUGGGAUUCCACCCGCCGAUGCCUGGCAGCCGAGUUGGCCUAGUCACUCAGCCUGCCUGUCACACGGAGCUGCUUAACCCCGGCGAAGAGCUUCCUCGGCCCCUUUACGCGCAGGUUUAG